CUUGCAUUUACAAGAGAUGGACUCUGUGGUCUGUGGAAUGAAAUGGUUAAAGAUGGAGAGAUUAUAUAUACUGGGACAGAAUUAACCCAAAAUGGAGAACUGCCUCCUAGAAAAGAUGAUGGUGUUGAUAUUCAAAGUGGAACCAAGAAAGAAGAUCUGAAUGAGAAAGAGAAAAAGGAUGAAGAAGAAACCCCUGCACCUACAUUUAGGGCCAAAUCAAUCCUGGAGAGCUGGGUAUGGGGCAAGCAACCAGAUGUGAAUGAGCUGAAGGAAUGUCUUUCUGUGCUGGUUAAAGAGCAGCAAGCCCUAGCUAUCCAGUCAGCCACUACCACCCUCUCAGCCCUGAGACUCAAGCAGAGACUGGUGAUCCUAGAACGCUAUUUCAUUGCCUUGAAUAGAACUGUUUUUCAAGAGAAUGUCAAAGUUAAGUGGAAAAGCAGCAACAUUUCUCUGCCUCCUGUGGACAAAAAAAGUUCUCGGCCCACAGGCAGAGGGGUGGAAGGACUUGCCAGAGUUGGAUCCCGAGCAGCACUCUCCUUUGCCUUUGCUUUCUUACGUCGGGCCUGGCGGUCAGGUGAGGAUGCGGACCUCUGCAGCGAACUUUUGCAGGAGUCUCUGGAUGCCCUGCGAGCUCUUCCAGAGGCUUCACUCUUUGACGAGAGCACAGUAUCUUCUGUAUGGUUGGAGGUGGUAGAGAGAGCAACCAGGUUCCUCAGAUCUGUUGUGACAGGGGAUGUUCACGGAACACCAGGGACCAAAGGGCCAGGAGGUGUUCCCCUGCAGGACCAACAUUUGGCCCUGGCCAUCCUGCUGGAGCUGGCUGUGCAAAGAGGCACACUGAGCCAAAUGUUGUCUGCCAUCCUGUUGUUGCUUCAACUGUGGGACAGUGGGGCACAGGAAACUGACAAUGAGCGGUCUGCACAGGGCACCAGCGCCCCCCUCUUGCCUCUGCUGCAGAGGUUCCAGAGCAUCAUCUGUAAUAAAGACACUUUGCACACAGAGGGGGACACACAUCUUUUAUCUGGCCCUCUGAGCCCCAAUGAGAGUUUCUUGAGGUAUCUUACUCUUCCUCAAGACAGUGAGCUUGCUAUUGAUUUACGACAAACGGCAGUUGUUGUCAUGGCCCAUUUAGACCGCCUGGCUACACCCUGUAUGCCUCCUCUGUGUAGUUCUCCAACAUCUCAUAAGGGAUCAUUACAGGAAGUCAUAGGUUGGGGGUUAAUAGGAUGGAAAUACUAUGCCAAUGUGAUUGGUCCAAUCCAGUGCGAAGGUCUUGCCAGCCUGGGAGUUACACAGAUUGCCUGUGCAGAGAAGCGCUUCUUGAUCCUAUCACGAAAUGGCCGAGUAUACACACAGGCCUACAACAGUGACACGCUGGCUCCCCAACUUGUUCAGGGUCUUGCCUCCAGAAACAUUGUAAAAAUUGCUGCCCAUUCUGACGGUCACCACUACUUGGCCUUGGCUGCCACUGGAGAGGUGUACUCCUGGGGCUGUGGGGAUGGCGGACGGCUGGGCCAUGGGGAUACUGUGCCUCUGGAGGAACCUAAGCUAAUCUCUGCUUUCUCAGGGAAGCAGGCUGGAAAGCAUGUGGUGCACAUAGCGUGCGGGAGCACGUACAGUGCAGCCAUCACUGCUGAAGGGGAGCUGUACACCUGGGGCCGUGGGAACUAUGGCCGCCUGGGCCAUGGCUCCAGUGAAGAUGAGGCUAUUCCAAUGCUGGUAGCUGGGCUUAAAGGACUGAAGGUCAUAGACGUUGCUUGUGGGAGUGGGGAUGCCCAAACCCUGGCAGUGACUGAAAAUGGGCAAGUGUGGUCAUGGGGAGAUGGUGACUAUGGGAAAUUGGGUAGAGGUGGUAGUGAUGGCUGCAAAACACCAAAGCUGAUUGAAAAACUUCAAGACUUGGAUGUUGUCAAAGUUCGCUGUGGAAGUCAGUUUUCUAUUGCUUUGACGAAAGAUGGCCAGGUGUAUUCAUGGGGAAAAGGUGACAAUCAGAGACUUGGGCAUGGAACAGAGGAACACGUCCGUUACCCCAAACUCUUGGAAGGCUUACAAGGGAAGAAGGUGAUUGAUGUGGCUGCAGGCUCUACCCACUGCCUGGCUCUGACAGAGGACAGUGAGGUACACAGCUGGGGGAGCAAUGACCAGUGCCAGCAUUUUGACACUUUGCGUGUGACCAAGCCAGAACCUACUGCACUGCCAGGACUAGACACCAAACACAUAGUUGGAAUUGCCUGUGGAACUGCCCAGAGCUUUGCCUGGUCAUCUUGUUCUGAGUGGUCCAUUGGCCUCCGUGUCCCUUUCGUGGUAGACAUCUGCUCAAUGACUUUUGAGCAGCUGGAUCUCCUGCUGCGGCAAGUGAGUGAGGGAAUGGACGGCACUGCUGACUGGCCCCCACCACAAGAGAAAGAGUGCAUGGCUGUGGCAACUCUCAAUCUUCUACGACUUCAGUUACAUGCUGCCAUCAGUCACCAGGUUGAUCCAGAAUUCCUUGGUUUAGGUCUGGGCAGUGUCCUCCUGAAUAGCCUGAAACAGACCGUUGUGACCCUGGCCAGUAGUGUGGGUGUGUUGAGUACUGUGCAGUCAGCUGCCCAGGCUGUGCUACAGAGUGGCUGGUCUGUGCUCCUGCCCACAGCUGAGGAGCGGGCCCGGGCGCUAUCUGCACUCUUGCCCUGCACAGUUUCAGGCAAUGAAGUGAACAUAAGUCCAGGUCGUCGAUUCAUGAUUGAUUUGCUGGUGGGCAGCUUGAUGGCUGAUGGAGGAUUAGAAUCGGCCUUAAAUGCAGCCAUUACUGCAGAAAUCCAGGAUAUUGAAGCCAAAAAAGAAGCACAGAAGGAAAAAGAAAUUGAUGAGCAAGAAGCAAAUGCCUCAACAUUUCAUAGAAGCAGGACACCUUUGGAUAAAGAUCUUAUUAAUACGGGGAUCUACGAAUCUUCUGGCAAACAGUGUUUGCCUCUGGUUCAACUCAUACAGCAGCUUCUCAGAAACAUUGCUUCUCAGACUGUGGCCAGAUUGAAAGAUGUUGCUCGUCGAAUCUCCUUGUGUCUAGAUUUUGAGCAGCGCAGCCGUGAGAGGUCUGCUUCAUUAGAUCUGUUACUACGUUUUCAGCGCCUAUUGAUCAGUAAACUGUAUCCAGGAGAAAGUGUUGGUCAUACUUCAGAUACUCCCAGUCCUGAGCUAAUGGGUGUUGGGUCCUUACUGAAAAAGUAUACAGCCCUUUUGUGCACACACAUUGGAGAUAUACUGCCUGUGGCAGCUAGUAUUGCUUCUACCAGCUGGCGGCAUUUUGCAGAGGUGGCCUGCAUCGUGGAAGGGGAUUUCACUGGUGUUCUUCUUCCAGAGCUAGUAGUUUCUAUAGUGCUUCUGCUCAGUAAAAAUGCUGGUCUCAUGCAAGAGACUGGAGCAGUUCCUUUGCUGGGUGGCCUAUUGGAACACCUGGAUCGUUUCAACCACCUGGCACCAGAAAAGGAACGGGAUGAUCAUGAAGAGCUGGCCUGGCCCGGCAUAAUGGAGUCAUUUUUUACAGGCCAGAACUGUAGAAAUAAUGAGGAAGUGACACUUAUACGCAAAGCUGAUUUAGAGAACCACAAUAAAGAUGGAGGCUUCUGGACUGUAAUUGAUGGAAAAGUGUAUGACAUAAAGGACUUUCAGACACAGUCAUUAACAGGAAAUAGUAUUCUUGCUCAGUUUGUUGGGGAAGACCCAGUGGUAGCUUUGGAAGCAGCUUUGCAGUUUGAAGAUACACGAGAGUCCAUGCAUGCAUUUUGUGUUGGCCAGUAUUUGGAGCCUGACCAAGAAGUCGUUACCAUACCAGAUCUGGGAAGUCUCUCUUCACCUCUGAUAGACACAGAGAGGAAUCUGGGCCUGCUUCUUGGAUUACAUGCUUCCUAUUUAGCAAUGAGCACACCACUAUCUCCUGUCGAGGUUGAAUGUGCCAAGUGGCUUCAGUCAUCCAUUUUCUCUGGAGGCCUGCAGACCAGCCAAAUCCACUACAGCUACAAUGAAGAGAAAGAUGAGGACCACUGCAGUUCUCCUGGAGGCACACCUGCUAGCAAAUCGCGGCUCUGUUCUCAUAGACGGGCCCUAGGUGACCAUUCCCAGGCAUUCCUGCAAGCCAUUGCUGACAAUAACAUUCAAGACCACAAUGUGAAAGACUUUCUGUGUCAAAUUGAGAGGUAUUGUAGACAGUGCCACUUGACCACACCUAUCAUGUUUCCUCCUGAGCAUCCUGUGGAAGAAGUUGGCCGUUUGCUAUUAUGCUGUCUCUUAAAACAUGAAGAUUUAGGUCAGGUAGCAUUAUCUUUAGUUCAUGCAGGUACGCUUGGCAUUGAGCAAGUAAAGCACAGAACGCUGCCUAAAUCAGUGGUGGAUGUUUGUAGAGUUGUCUACCAAGCAAAAUGUUCACUCAUUAAGACUCAUCAAGAACAGGGUCGUUCUUAUAAGGAGGUCUGUGCUCCUGUCAUUGAACGUUUGAGAUUCCUCUUCAAUGAAUUGAGACCUGCUGUUUGCAAUGAUCUCUCUAUAAUGUCUAAGUUUAAACUGUUAAGUUCUUUACCCCGUUGGAGGAGGAUAGCUCAGAAGAUAAUUCGAGAACGAAGGAAAAAGAGAGUUCCUAAGAAGCCAGAAUCCAGUGAGGAUGAAGAAAAAAUUGGAAAUGAAGAGAGUGAUUUAGAAGAAGCUUGUAUUUUGCCUCAUAGUCCAAUAAAUGUGGAAAAAAGACCCAUUACAGUUAAAUCUCCUAAGGAUAAAUGGCAGCCACUGUUGAGUACAGUUACAGGUGUUCACAGAUACAAAUGGUUGAAGCAGAAUGUUCAGGGUCUUUAUCCGCAAUCUGCACUCCUUAGUACAAUUGCUGAAUUUGCCCUUAAGGAAGAGCCAGUGGAUGUGGAAAAAAUGAGAAAGUGCUUACUAAAACAGCUGGAGAGAGCAGAGGUUCGCCUGGAAGGGAUAGAUACAAUUUUGAAACUGGCAGCCAAAAAUUUCUUACUUCCAUCUGUACAGUAUGCUAUGUUUUGUGGAUGGCAAAGACUUAUUCCUGAGGGAAUUGAUAUAGGGGAACCCCUAACAGAUUGUUUAAAGGAUGUUGAUUUGAUCCCACCUUUUAAUCGAAUGCUGCUGGAAGUAACUUUUGGCAAGCUGUAUUCUUGGGCAGUUCAGAAUAUUCGAAAUGUUUUGAUGGAUGCCAACGCUAAAUUUAAAGAGCUUGGUAUCCAGCCUGUUCCCCUACAAACCAUUACCAAUGAGAACUCUUCGGGACCAAGCCUGGGGACCAUCCCACAAGCUCGUUUUCUCCUGGUGAUGCUCAGCAUUCUCACUCUGCAGCAUGGUGCAAACAAUCUUGACCUCCUGCUCAACUCCGGCACACUAGCACUCACACAGACUACACUGAGGCUCAUUGGUCCCAGUUGUGACAGUGUUGAGGAAGAUACGAAUGCUUCUGCCCGAGGGGCCUCUGCUACAGUUUUGGAAGAAACAAGGAAGGAAACAGCUCCUGUGCAGCUCCCUGUUUCAGGGCCAGAACUGGCUGCCAUGAUGAAGAUUGGAACCAGGGUCAUGAGAGGUGUAGAUUGGAAAUGGGGGGAUCAGGAUGGGCCUCCCCCAGGCCUAGGUCGUGUGAUUGGUGAGCUGGGAGAGGAUGGGUGGAUCAGGGUCCAGUGGGACACAGGCAGCACCAACUCAUACAGGAUGGGGAAAGAAGGAAAGUAUGAUCUCAAGUUGGCGGAGCUGCCGGUCUCUGCACAGCCCUCUGCAGAGGACUCAGACACAGAGGACGACUCUGAAGCUGAACAAAUUGAAAGGAACAUUCACCCCACAGCAGUGAUGAUGACCAGCACUGUAAACUUAUUGCAAACUUUGUGUCUCUCUGUUGGAGUUCAUGCUGAAGUCAUGCAGAGUGAGGCCACCAAGACUCUGUGUGGACUGCUGCGAAUGUUAGUGGAAAGUGGAACGACGGACAAGACAUUGUUCGGAGAUAAUAAUAGAUGUACAGUUCAGUUCCAUUAUGAUCAGAGGAUACUGUUUAAUGACAUCGCUCCAACAGUACGUCGAGGCCAGGAGGAAGGUCUUCAGCGAGGCGUGUCCUCAUACCCAGGGGUUUCAAUCUCGCCAUUCACCUGCCUGGCUCUUGACCUCUACACUGCCUAUAGGAGUCCUGGGAUCCCGAAAUCUAGGACCGGAGUGCGUGCCUGCGUACGUGCGAGGCGUGGGCGGAAAUCCCGCCUCCAGGCGCCUGCAAUUGGUCCUGACCACAGUGGGUGA